CCUACUUCAACAAUUGUGUGGCAACAUUCAUGGGUUUGUCUCCUGUGGCCCUGCUCACCACUUGGGCUGCCCCUGCACUGGCAUCUCUCCAUUCACCUAUAAGACCAUUGUAUUCUCAACACAACCUCUUCAUCUGCAAACAACAUUUCAAUCUAAGCAUCUGUGCUUCACACCUUCAGAGAGAAAGUGCAUUUAGCCAAGAACACAUCAGAACGAUGAUCAGUUCAAGGAAGCUUGCUCAGUUAGCCAAGAAGUGGCAGAGGAUGGUGGCAUCCAGUGGGCGGCAGACUGCAAGCAUCGAUGGAUGCUGCAGCACGGCCACAGCGUAUGUCGCAGACAAGGGCCAUUGCGUGUUGUACACCACCGAUGGGGCACGAUUCGAGGUUCCACUUAUGUACCUCAGCACAGCGGUCUUCUGUGAGCUCUUGAGGAUGUCUCAGGAGGAGUUUGGCUUCACUAGCGAUAGCAAGAUCACAUUGCCUUGUGAUGCCUCAGUGAUGGAGUAUGUGAUGUGUUUGAUUAGGAGAGAGGCCUCUGAAGAGGUUGAGAGGGCACUUCUGAGCUCUAUAGUUAGGCCUUGUCAUAACACUAGCUGUGUGGUUCCACCAAUUAGACUCAAUCAGCAUUUUGCUGUUUGCAGCUAGUCUGUAUGGUUUUUGUUCAAUCUGAUGUAAAUUAUCAGGAUUAUAGAAUGAGACAAAAGAUACAAACUU